UAUCACAAUAAUUCUUUCGGUUGUAAAAUAAUUACAAGGUUGAAUUAUUUAAAAUUAUUUACUGUAAAAUAUCGCCAUAGAGAUUUUUUAAAUUGUCAAUAAAUUAUUCGUCUAAACAUAUUUGAUCGAUAAAUCGAAAUAUUUUAACAUCGAUAUAUUGCGAUUCUUCGAUAAAAUUCGAUAAAAUCCAAAAUGGGAACGAAAUUAGAUCUUCGGUUUUUAUCAACAUGAUUUCUACCAUAAAUUUGACCGUUUAUAAUUGUUAUUCGUGCGCUUUUGAUAACUAUUUUUAUUAAGAACAGUUAUUAAACAUAAAUUGUUCAUAAUGUGGUUCAUACUAUUCGCAGUUUGCACUUUUAAAGUAAUGUGUAUUUUUAUUUUUGUCAUUUAUUGCGUUGUCAGUUUUCUUUUGGUUAUGUACAACUCUCAAACAGAGGAAUUAAGAAAAUACAUUGUACCGCAAGAUACAAGCUUAGAGGUGGGAUUCCCGAUUGAAAGUUGUGAGAGCAUGGAUGAUAAGUUGGAAGUAUUAACGGAAAAACUUACAGAGAAAGAAUACGCAUUACAGAAAUCGCAAUAUGAAAUAAAAAAUGCGGGAAAGAUGUUAACUGAUUUAGAAAAUAAAACAUCGUCUUGUCGUGAUCGAUAUCGCUCGUUAAUGAUCGAAUUGAAAAACGAUAUACGAAAAAUUGAGGAUGAGGUGAGAAUGCUGCAAACUCAAAUUUCGAAUUUAUCGAUUCAACGAGAAGCUCUUAGGAGAGAAGUCUUAAAGCAACAAGAAGAUUAUCAGAAAAUGUUGGGUAAUUUUUCCAAGGAAUUAGAAAGUAAAAAGACACUGUUCUCUUCAGGUAUCGAAAAAUCAAGACACCAUCGCGUGAGUUGUUUUAGUUUACCAUGAAAAAUUCUAUCAUCCUUCUUACAUUUUUAUUCUAUAAUAAUUAUUUUAAAUUAAAUGACCGCAAUAUUGCUUUCCAUAUUAAGGAAAACGAAAAUUAGAUCGAAUUAUUUAAAAGGUGCUAUUAAAUGUUGUUUUGUUGAAAGUAUUAGUAUUGAAUGUAUUAAAUGACUAAGAAAA